CUCUCUCCACUUUCAAUUACAUAAACAUACCCUCCCCUUUUCCACCACUUCUUCUUCUCCUCCCUGUAGAGAGAGGAAACCAAAAUUAUCUCUCUCUAAAAUCUCUAAUCCUCUUCCCCUAUCUCUCUUCUAUCUUCUUCUGAACUAUAAAGAUUUCUUUUUUUUUAUUCGUAGGAAUAAAAAUCUAUAUACAAGCAUUGCUUAUAUAUAGAUCAAUUGUUUCCCCGAGAUAGAAUUUGUGGUGAUUGGAUUCAAAGAGAUUAUUGUUUUUGCGAGUUAUGCAGGCUGAUCAGACGUUUUUGAGCUUGAGACCAGGUGGCGGCACUCGAGGCGGAAGCAGAGUAUUCGGCCCCCGCUUCGGUUCGUUGUCGGCGGCGGCCGCCAAUUCCGAUCUCCCGCUCCUCCGUCCCCAUGGCGAUUCCGCUGUUUCUUCCCUACCUUCCUUCAAGACCGGAGAGUCUCGAUUUGAGGGCCAUGAGCGCAUCCGUUUUACUAAAGACAUGCUCCUUCAGCUAAGGGAGGUGGCCAUCAUCUCAGAGGAUAUUUUAAGAGUCAAACAAGAAGUUGAAGCCGAGUUUUUUGGUGUAGAUCCAAGUUGGAGUCGUGGAGAAACCAAUCUCCCGAGUCAGGCUCAGACUCGUUAUUCUGAGCCGGACAAUCGUGACUGGCGUAAUCGUUCUGCACAAUUACCUGCCCCUGUGGAGGAGAGAUCCUGGGAGACAAUAAAAGAUCGAGACUUCAGUGGCAGGUUUGACCCCAGGCAACAAGAUGGUAACCAAUACAAUAAGCAAGAUCAGAUGAAUUCGCAGUUUGCUAGAUCACAAUUUUCUUCAAACCAAGGGGUUGCACCGACUCUAAUCAAGGCUGAGGUACCAUGGUCUGCUCGAAGGGGAACUCUUUCUGAGGAAGACCGUGUGUUGAAAACAGUGAAGGGAAUAUUGAACAAGCUGACUCCUGAAAAAUUCGACCUUCUCAAGGGUCAAUUGAUAGACUCUGGGAUAACCACAGGUAAUAUUUUGAAGGUACUACGAUCUUUCAUUAUGCAACAUGGCCUAAUAGUGUGGGUUUUUGUCAAGCAGGAACUAUUGGGAAAUGACCCCAAGGUUUGUCCGGCAGAGGAAAAUGUCGAGGCUGUCUGCCAAUUCUUCAACACUAUCGGGAAACAGCUUGACGAGAACCAAAAAUCAAAGCGUAUUAACGACAUGUAUUUCGACCGUUUGAAGGAACUGGCAGCAAACCCUCAGCUGGCCGCACGUCUAAGGUUUAUGGUUCGCAAUGUGCUCGAUCUGCGUACCAACAAUUGGGUUCCAAGACGGGAAGAGGUGAAAGCCAAAACCAUUUCUGAGAUCCACACCGAAGCCGAGAAAAACAUGGGGUUACGUCCAGGUGCAACUGCUGGCAUGAGAAAUAAUCGAGCCGUUCCUUCUGGUGGGGCCCAAGGGAGUAUUAGCCCUAGUGGAUACAUUAAUCGGCCAGGUGCAGGCGGCAUGAUGCCUGGUAUGCCUGGAAUAAGGAAGAUGCCUGGUAUGCCUGGAAUAGACGACGGCAAUUGGGAAGUUCCUAAGCCUCGAUCCAUGCCAAGGGGUGCUGAGAGUGCUGCUUCUUUAACACGUGUUGCUCAGCCUCCACUUCUGAACCAGCGUUUGCUGCCUCAAGGCACUGGCGGUUUCAUUAGCGGGAAAACCAGUGCCUUCUUUCAGGGUAGCGGUGCACCUCCACCUGCUCCUGCAACUCAAGUACCUCCUCCAACAGUAUCAUCUACAGUGGUGCCAUCUGUUGACAAACCAUUGGCUGCCCCCCUUGCUACAAAACCUAACACCGAUGUGCUGAAAAGAAAGACAAUUUCACUUUUGGAGGAGUAUUUCAGCGUCAGGCUUUUGGAUGAAGCGUUGCAGUGCGUUGAAGAAUUGAAGUCCCCUGCUUAUCACCCUGAAUUUGUGAAAGAGGCCCUUUCGCUAGGGUUCGAGAAAGGCUCGUCUUUUGUGGAGCCAAUUGCGAAACUGCUGGAGUAUUUGUUCAGCAAGAAUGUUCUAAGUGCAGACGAUGUCAAGACGGGUUUUCUCCUGUACGCAGAAUUACUGGAAGAUCUCGCCAUUGAUUUACCAAAAGCACCGUCUAAUUUCGGUGAGAUUAUCGGUAAACUUGUGCUGGCUCGAGGGUUGAUCGACUUCAAUGCUGUGAAGGAGAUUCUGUCGAAGAUCGAUGAUGGCUAUUUCAAGAAAGCAGUAUUCACUUCUGCGAUGAAGACCGUUGGAUCUGAGACAGGUGGCAAAGAGGUAAUGGAUGCACAGGCCUCUGAUAUUGCAGCAUGCGAGAGCCUCUUUUAGGGCGAAACUGCAAACCUCGGACGAAAAAUGUGCUCUUACCUAAUUACGCCUAUAAAUUAUGCAAUUCGAUAUUUGGUAGGUUGUGUAUUUUUAUUGAGGUCAUACUAGAGUGUUAAGUUAGAGUGAGACGAGAAAUUAGAGUGUAAAAGAUUUUGGCUUCUCGAACGGCGGCUCUAAUCGGAGUUGCCGUGGUUUGCUCGAGGAUGAAGGAUCCCCUUUUUUAGGGGAUCCAUUUGUUUUUGUAUUUGAUUAGUUUUUUAAUUUUAUUUUUGUUGACUUGUUAAAUUUGUGAACUUAUAAUGCUACUGUGCACAAUUUUUAAAUGAGGAUGUGAUGGUUAUAUAUUUCGUGU